UGCCGCCUCCGAACCUAGGUCCUAAACCCCAGCGCCCGCCGUAUCUCGCCGCCAUGGCCGACGCCGCCGAGCAGUCCCAGUACGGCGAGCGCCUAUCGCAUAGCGCACCCGUCGGAUCCCGGCGCACCUACACCCCGUACCACCCUGAGGGCCUCAACCUCCCAUCGUGCCGCACGAUCUACGACCUGCCGACCUCGCCGGAGGUUCUCUUCCCUGAGGAGACCCGCACCUGGGGCAGGAACCUCACGCUCUACCCCGGCUGUGGGUACGUCGCCGGUGCCGCGGCGGGGGCCGCCACGGGGUUCAAGCGCGCGGUGGCGGAGGCGGAGCGCGGCGAGUUGUUCAAGCUGCGCACCAGCCGCGUGCUCAACCACUGCGGCUCCGUGGGACGCCGGUACGGCAACCAUGUCGCCUUGAUCGGGCUGCUCUUCGCGGGGACCGAGUGCGCCGUGGGCAAUCUUCGCGACGCUGACGACUGGCGCAACAUCAUCGCCGCAGGGUUUGGAACCGGCAUGCUCUACCGUGCACCUUCGGGCCCGCGAUCCGCCAUCUUUGGUGCCGCAGUCGGGGGCCUCAUGGCUGCUGCCGCCGUCGCAGGGAACCAGGUGUUCAAGGGAAACGGCCGUACCCCGCCCUUCUAAACCGGAGCACUCGUUAGUAAGUUUCGAUCUACUGGGUUGGUGGAGUUAGCAGUAGUGGUAUUUCAGUUUUCAGGUGAAGAUCUUAUAGUGGUUAUAUGUAUGAGUGUUAUCAACACUAACAAGCUUUGUUGGUGAUGGGUAGAGCACUGGAGUGCGAUCUGUCGAAUUAGCUCAACAUGGACAUGAUUAGAAGUUAUUGCCUUUUGUCUGAAUCUUCAAAAUCAUGUCUGUUAUGGUGAUUGGUGGUGCUAUGUUGCUAUUUAGACUAUGGAUUACUUCAAUGUGAGA